AUCAAUCAUAUCUCAGAAACAGGCUGAAGACAGAAAAGAGGAGCUUCUUUAGUGUGUGUUGUGUGUGAAAGAAAUGGAGUCCGAUGGAAAACCUACAGAGAUCAGCAGCACGAAGAUGUUCGAUGGAUACAACAAGCGAUACAAACACUACAGCCCAACGCUCGGCUGCUCCAUGACCUUCCACAUUUUCUUCCCUCCUUCAUCUUCUCCUUCCCAAAAAUUCCCUGUACUUUACUGGCUGUCUGGGCUUACAUGCAAUGAUGAGAAUUUUAUAGCUAAAUCCGGUGCUCAGCGUGUUGCUUCUGCUGAGGGUGUUGCUCUGAUAGCCCCAGACACUUCUCCUAGGGGCUUGAACAUUGAAGGAGAAGCUGAUAGCUGGGAUUUUGGUGUAGGUGCUGGAUUUUAUCUGAAUGCUACACAAGAGAAGUGGAAGAACUGGCAAAUGUACGACUAUGUUGUGAAAGAGUUGCCAGCAGUUCUUAAGGAGAACUUUCCUCAGCUUGACACGUCUCGGGCUUCUAUAUCUGGUCAUUCCAUGGGUGGACAUGGAGCACUGACAAUUUACCUAAAAAACUUGGACAAGUACAAGUCGGUGUCAGCAUUCGCUCCUGUUGCAAAUCCUAUAAACUGUCCAUGGGGCCAGAAAGCAUUCACAAAUUACUUAGGUGAAAACAAGGCUGCCUGGGAGGAGUAUGAUGCCAGCAUUCUUGUAUCGAAGUAUACCAAUGUUUCAGCUACUAUUCUCAUUGAUCAGGGAGAUGCGGACAAGUUUCUGAGUGAACAGCUCCAGCCGCAAAAGUUUGAUGAGGCUUGCCGGAAAUCCAUGGUGCCACUGCUGCUCCGAAUGCAACCAGGUUAUGAUCACUCCUACUAUUUCAUCGCUACGUUCAUCGACGAUCAUAUCCGCCACCACGCUCAAGCCCUUAAUCUGUGAUGCUAUGGCGCUCUAGAUCAUGUCAGAAUGGACUUUGCUUCUGUUUGAACUUGAAAAUUAUGUAGAAGACAAUAAAGGUGGUUGUUUAUUGUGUUUGA